CCAAACACCACGACCAAACACCACGUCGCAAGCUCGAGAUACCAGAGCUCUGCCUGUCCAUCCGCCGUCCGGUCCCCCGACACAUCGCCUGGCACUACUAGAAACAGCAGAGCGCGCCGCCGCCACGACACACACAGCCAACAUGAGCGCACAGACAGACCCCGCCCAGCGGGUUGCAAUUGGCAUCUCGUUCGGAAACUCGUACAGCUCCAUUGCCUUUACUUCGAGUGAAGGCAAGGCCGAGGUUAUUGCCAACGAGGACGGAGACCGCCAGAUUCCCUCAGUCCUCUCGUACGUCGAGGGUGAAGAGCUCCACGGUGGGCAGGCCAAGAGCCAGCUCGUCCGCAAUGCAAAGAACACGGUUGCCUACUUCCGCGACUUCUUGGGCCAGGACUUCAAGUCGAUUGACCCCACACCCGCCCACCAGUCGGCCCACCCCGUCGAGAGCGAGAGCACCGUCGCGUUCAAGAUCCGCGACAGCGAGGCCGAGGAGGAGAACGCGGUCACCGUCGGCGACAUCACAACCCGCCACCUGCGGAGGCUGCGCUCCUCGGCCUCCGACUACCUGGGCAAGGACGUCAACGCCGCGGUUGUCACAGUGCCCACCAACUUCUCCGAGUCCCAGAAGGAGGCGUUGAAGAGCGCUGCGAAGGAGGCGGGCAUCGAGGUCCUGCAGUUCAUCAACGAGCCCACCGCUGCCGUCCUGGCCUACGACGCCCGGCCUGACGCUCAGCUCACCGACAAGACGCUCGUUGUCGCUGACCUUGGCGGCACACGCUCCGAUGUCACCGUCAUCGCGUCCCGUGGCGGCAUCUACACGAUGCUGGCCGCAGUCCACGACUUCGAUGUCAGCGGCUCCAAGCUCGACCAGGUCCUCAUCGACUACUUCGCCAAGGAGUUCAUCAAGAAGCACAAGGCUGCUGGAGACCCCCGCGAGAACGAGCGAUCGCUGGCUAAGCUGAAGCUCGAGUGCGAGUCCGUCAAGAAGGCGCUCUCGAUAGGACAGUCUGCCAACUUCUCCGUCGAGAGCUUGGCUGGCGGUGUCGACUUCACUGCUACCAUCAACCGCACACGCUACGACCUGCUCGGGAACAAGCUCUUCGCCGCCUUCACCCGCCUCGUCUCCCACGCCGUCGAGAAGGCCGAGCUCGACCCCCUCGACAUCUCCGAGAUCAUCCUUGCCGGUGGUAACUCCCACACCCCCAAGGUCGCCGCUGCUGUUGGCGCUGCCUUCCCAGAGACCACCGCCGUGCUUGCGCCAUCGACCUCGCCGACCGCUAUCAACCCCUCCGAGCUCGCUGUUCGUGGUGCCGCCAUCCAGGCUAGCUUGAUCCAGGAGUUCGAGGCCGAGGACAUCGAGCAGAGCCUGCACCCCAUGGUCACCGUCACACCGCACCUCUCGACCGCUGUCGGUGUGCUCCUCAUCUCCGGCGACGAGUCCAACGGCGUUUUCCACGCCAUCGUCGAUGCCGAAACACCCCUACCCGUUCGCCGCACCGCCACCAUCACAACACCAAGGGAAGGCGGCGACGUUCUCAUCAAGCUCGUUGAGGGCUCGCGACACAUCAAGGUCACCAAGCCCGAGCCCAAGCCCAAGGCCGAGAAGGCCGACGACGACAGCGAGGACGAGAGCGAAGACGAGGAGGAGGAGGAGGAGCUCAGGGAAAAGACGUGGAAGAUUGGCUCUGCUGUCAGCGAGACUGCGCUCCGUGGUAUCAAGAAGGGCGCCAAGGUCGAGGUCCAGAUCAACAUUGCGAACGACCUGAGCGUUACUGCGCUGUUCCGUGAGAUCGGCGGGAAAGGCGGUGUCCGCGGCCAGGUGCAGGGGAAAGCAAGCUAGAACGGCAGUGCUUCAGCAUGGUGUGGAAGCGCGAGCGACGAAUAACGAAUGAUUGAAUAGACCAGCUUCGGCUGAGCGAGCAGAUCGCUCUAUAGACAAUCUCAG